UAUAUGGAUAUGUGAUGAGUAUAACCCAGUAUGUACUUGAUGCUGAACAAAAUCAAGAAGUUGUCCAUGAGUAGUGAUAUCUGAGAACAAUUGUUAAGUGGUUCCAAAAAAAAAUCUUUGCUGAGAUAGGUAUCUGUUGGAUUUUAGGUAGUCAAUGUUCUGGUGAAUUAUUAACUGAUAUUAUAACUGCCUCAUAUAUAAUUGCAGAAGUAUCAUAUUUUCUAGCUCUGUCAUUUUGUUCCAUUUUGUCAUUAUAGAGCAGAGCCUGCAGAUCAAUGGAGGGGGCCAACCAUUCCAGGGUGUCUGAAUUUGUAUUACUUGGACUUACUGAUUCUCCUGAGCUCCAGAUUUUCUUUUUUGUGAUGUUUUCCCUUUUCUACCUGAUGUCCAUGUUGGGCAACUGCCUGAUUUUGCUCACAGUUCUGUUCAGCCCACACCUUCACUCCCCCAUGUACUUCCUGCUCAGCAACCUGUCUCUCAUUGACAUGUGCCUGUCCUCCUUUGCCACUCCAAAGGUGAUCAUGGACAUUUCUCAGCACAAGACGAUCUCCUUUGAGGGCUGCAUUUCUCAGAUCUUCUUUUUGCACCUCUUCACUGGGACUGAGAUUGUGCUGCUCAUCUCCAUGUCUUUUGACAGGUGCAUUGCCAUAUGCAAACCACUCCAUUAUUCAUCAGUUAUGAGCCAAAGCAUGUGUGUGGGGCUUGUGGUAGCUUCUUGGACAGUGGGCUUUCUGCAUACAAUGACCCAGUUAGCUUUUACUCUCUAUUUACCGUUCUGUGGGCCCAAUGUUGUAGACAGUUUCUUCUGUGACCUUCCUUUGGUCAUCCAGUUAGCAUGUAUAGAUACAUAUAUUCUUGGAAUCUUCAUAAUUUCAACCAGUGGCGUGAUUGCUCUUAUCAGUUUUCUGCUUUUGCUCACCUCCUACAUUACUGUUCUUGUCACUAUAAAGGACCACUCCUCCUCAGGAUCAUCUAAGGCUUUGUCGCCCUGCACUGCACAUUUCAUAGUUGUGUCAAUGUUCUUUGGGCCCUGCAUCUUUAUCUUUAUGUGGCCUUUCACAAACUUCCUGAUGGACAACUCUAUUUUCUAUACCAUUUUCACCCCUUUUCUGAAUCCACUUAUCUAUACUCUGAGAAACCAGGAAGUGAAGACAGCUGUGAAGAAGAAACUAAGUAACCAAUAUUUAAAUAUUGGAAAAACCACCCCAAUGUAUUCUGUGCAAUAAACAUAGAUCUCUUGAUCUGAGAUUUAAUAGCAACAGUUUUGCUCUCAGAACAACAGAAAAGUAAAGUUAGAAUCUUUUAAGUCAUUUAGUUUAAAUUCAUGAAAA